AUGUCCCAGGCAGCAGUAUCUACGGUAUUCCCAAAGUGGAGGCCUGAGACUCUCGACAUCCACCACAUCGACACUGGGAGCGGCAAUGCCACUCUGAUCGUUGGCCCCGAUGGGACAACUAUUUUGAUUGAUUGUGGGACUUCUAAGGAUGCUUCCGUGGGACAGGACGACUUGCGCCGACCCGGCGAGUUGGUGGCGGCCUAUGCUUUGCGCAACAGCCCAAGCACGACGCUCGAGUAUCUUGUGGCCACUCAUGUACACCCGGACCACGUCGGCGAUGUUCAUUCUGAUAAAACAGCGAUAGGUAACGGCUUCCAAAGGACUGGGCUCAGUGACGUUGAUCAUCAUAUGCCGGCGAGGCUAGUGAUCGAUCGUGCCUAUCCCAAUUACGGCUUGCGGCCACCACUAUCAGCCCCCUUCACCGACAACUACCUGGCUUGGCUCGAUGCCAGGCGACAGGAAGGGCGUGAGGUCACCUGCAUUGACGUCGGUUCGAAUAGCCAGAUCAAGCUGCAGUCGCCUGAAGACUACCCAACGUUCUCCAUCCGGACACUCGCCGCAAACGGCUGGGUGUGGACCGGCGACGGGCAAGAGAGCCGCUCACUUUUCCCAGAUCUCAGCACGCUACCGCCAAAGGCGCUGCCUGAAGAGAACAAGUGUUCAAUAGCAUUCCUCUUGUCAUAUGGCCUCUUCCGUUACUAUACUGGUGGCGAUCUUACCUGCGACACUUAUGAUGGCCGUUAUCCCUGGAUGGACAUCGAAACACCCGUGGCGAAGGCUGCAGGUAAAGUCGACGUCGCCGUUGCUAAUCACCACGGCUAUUUUGAUGCCUGCGGACCUGGCUUCGUUACUAUGCUUGAUGCCGCAGCUUAUAUAAUUCCCGCCUGGCAUGUCACUCAUCCGGGAAUGGCUCAGCUCCAGCGUAUGCUUGGGGCUUGGCCGGGCGUGGCGAGACGCAACGUCUUUGCCACCAGGAUGUUACCGGAGAAUCGUCUUCUCAACAACCGCUUCAUUUCUGAGAUGUGCAGUCGGCAGGGUCAUGUGGUGGUUCGCGUAGCGCCAGGAGGAGGGAGCUACAAAAUUUUCGUACUUGACAGCAAUGACGAACAGGACUAUGUGACUGCUGAAUUUGGUCCUUAUCUGUGUAGCUAA